AUGUUUGUAGGUAAGAGAGUGACUAUAGACUCAUUCAAAGAUGCUCUUCAUAAGUGCAAAUCUUCGACCCACAUUCUGGUGAGACAACACUUGGAUGCACACUACAGAAAGGUGCUGAGUAGCAAAGGUGCCAUCGAUACAUCAUCACCUUAUGCAUUCAAACCUUCCUGCAUCGAUCAAAACCGCAUGUAUCCUGAAAAUCACCACCUUCCGGGGUCCCGUUGUGUAACUUCGUUUCGCAAGAAAUACAUCUUUGAUCAUAAUCUACAGUUCUCUAACGACCCGGUGGUUGAUCACCUCGUAAAGUCCUACUUUGCAUCAUUGCGAAGCGAGGCUACCGGUAAUAUUCUGGGUUCAUUUGUCGGCGACAAACGGGAUUCUCCGAAAACGCAUAAUAACUGCAACACAUUUACCAGACCAGUGACUCGCAGUAUUUCAGAGGCAAAGUUACUGUCAGGAGCUCGCCGUUUGGAACCUGAUAGUUAUGACAUACUUCAAAUCCAUCAGCACAAAUUUACUACACAGAAGCCAUUUUCCCCAAGAACCAUUCGAUCAAACGCAUCCUCAAAGCUGCGGAGUCUUCGCUGUUACAAUCCACCAGAGAUAACCAUCAAACUCGCAUUUCAAAUGUACUGGGAAACAGAAACAAGUCAAAUGAUGCUGGAACGCAAGGAAAUCCCAAACGUUCUAGGAAGCGUGUCCGCCAGUGAAGUCGACGACCAGACAUAGUAACCUUUUUAGGCUGGGUAGAGUCCGAGGGCUCGGUUGAUGGGUCUCCGGUUGAAAAGUUGCUGUCUGCAGUAGACGUUCCCUCCACCAUCGGUUGAGUCAAUUCGUUGGAG